CUGCACUGAAUUUUCCUUGCUAAUUUACGUGAGGGGAAGCUGUUAAUGACGUGUUAGCGACGUGCACUUGGCCGGUGAAGAAUUGACCUCUGUAUAGCUGGUUCAUGGUUGCUAGCUGAAGCUUUGGUUUAGGCUUGACGGCUUCAGAGUUCAGAGGCGUCUGAUGAUGCUCCAGAUUUAGCAUGGUCUAAUUAAUCCUUGUACUGUACUGUUCUGAGCCCACAGUCUCUCUUUAAUCCCGGAAUAGCUACCAAUUUACGCAUAUGCCCUCCAGCCAUCACUAGCCACGCCGCGGCCCGGCCUAUCCUGCGCCCACCACCUGCCCUGCCCCUCCUGCCCGUGCUGCCCGGCUCUCUACCCCCUCCCUCCUCCCUCUCUCUCGAGUGAAAAAGUCUCCUUUCCUCUGCUCCCCCUUCCGUUGCAGCCAUGGAGUUCGCCUAGAUGUGCCCGUUGAGUACUAAUACCUUCUUCAAACUUUAGAUCUGUGCCUGCUAGUUUUCAGCUCCCUUGACACGAAGCCGUCCAGAUGGACACCAUGACGCCUGCGUCCCUGCAAGCUGCAGCUACCGGAGCCGUGCAAGCCUGCGCCGGCGACUCCGCCGUCGCGGAGAUGCUGCUCACCGCCAUCGUCGCCGAGGAUCUUAUCUGUCAUAUGCCUGAAUUCAAGAUGAGCGGCAAGAAGAGUGAUGAGCUUGCACCUACUGAUGCUGGCGAUGAAGAUGACGCUGGUGAUGGGGACGAGGAUGGUGACUUUGGCGAGGGUGAAGAGGACAUCUCAGAAGGAGAGGGAAAUGACAACCCAAAGGGCAAUGAGAACAAGAAGAAAGAAAGAGGCGAUGCUGAGGAGAAUGGUGAGGAAGAUGUGGAAGAACCUGAAGAGCAGGAUGGUGGUGGCGGCGGUGAUGACGACGAUGAUGACGAUGAUGAUGACAAUGAGGAUGAUGACGACGAUGACGAUGGCGGUGAAGAUGAUGAAGAGGGGGUAGAAGAGGAAGACGACGACCACGACGACGAUGAGGAGGAAGAUGAUGAUGAAGACUCACUCCAGCCCCCAAAGAAGAGGAAGAAGUGAAGAUGUUCAAUCCGGCUUUAGUUACCCUGUGCUGAGUCCUUGGUUUUCAUCAUGUCCUCGGAUUCAAACUUUCCUUUAGAGUAAGAAGGCUCCACACGUUCAGCAGCACCUGUGGGCUUGUAGGGGCUUUAUGAUUUGAGGCAAUUAGAGAGAACUAUAUGUCGUUGUUGCUUGCUUCUGUGGAGUCGAACGGAUGUUUCGCUAACAUAAUUCAACCUGAGUGAUGAAAGCCUCAAAGAUUGAAUA